AUGACUCUUGGGAGGUGCCCGAGAAUUAGUUUUCUUUUUUACUUUUGUAGUGGGGCCCGACAGCUUUUCAUGCCCGUUGCCUCAUUCACGGGGGGGCCCGCGAUAGGCCGCCGUGCUCGGCCGCCGUGCUCCUGCCUUUCACAUGCCAUUUUCCUCACACAGCCCACCCGCCCUUCUCCCGACCGGCUGCCAGUUGGAGGCAAGAUGUUCUUCCAGCGUCAAGCCAGCAGCCUACUCCAUCACCACUUUAUAUAUUAUAUCAUUAUUUAACCUACAUUGGAUGCCAUUGAAAAAAGUACUUUCAAUUAUUAUUACACACAAUACCCCAUAAUGACAAAGCGAAAACAGGUUGUAAUUUUAACAUAGGUAUUCAGACCCUUUGCUAUGAGACUCGAAAUUAAGCUCCGUUGCAUCCUGUUUCCAUUGAUCAUCUUUGAGAUGUUUCUACAACCUGACAGAGCUUGAGAGGAUCUGCAGAGAAGAAUGGGAGGGGAACUCCCCAAUUCAGGUUUGGGCAAGCUUGUAGCGGUCAUACCCAAGAGUCGAGGCUGUAAUCGCUGCUAAAGGUGCUUAAAAAGUACUGAGUAAAGAGUCCUGAUACUUAUGUAGGAGUGGUAAUUCCGUGUUUUAUUUUUAUACAUUUGCAACAAUUUCUAAAAAAUGUUUUGCACUUUGUCAUUAUGGGGUAUGUGUGUGGAGUGAUGGGGUGGGGUGCUUAUUGGUUAUGGGGGUGGGGUGCCUUAUUUGGUUAUGGGGGUGGGGUGCCUUAUUUGGUUAUGGGGGUGGGGUGCCUGAUUGGUUAUGGGGGUUGGGUGCCUGAUUGGUUAUGGGGGUGGGGUGCCUUAUUUGGUUAUGGGGGUGGGGGGCCUGAUUGGUUAUGGGGGUGGGGUGCCUGAUUGGUUAUGAGGGGGGGUGCCUUAUUUGUUAUGGGGGUGGGGUGCCGAUUGGUUAUGGGGGGUGGGGUGCCUUAUUUGGUUAUGGGGGUGGGGUGCCUGAUUGGUUAUGGGGGUGGGGUGCCUGAUUGGUUAUGGGGGUGGGGUGCCUGAUUGGUUAUGGGGGUGGGGUGCCUGAUUGGUUAUGGGGGUGGGGUGCCCAGCCUCCCCUAGCCCCCAUGUAAUUCUAACUGAAAACCUUUUCUAGUGGCUUUCAUUGCGAGAUAUUCCCAGCCGGGUCUCCCUAAUGUUGGUGUGUAUGUAAAUAGUGUUGUGAUAUUAAUGAUGUCCUGUUGUGUAGAGCAGUCUGUCAGUGUGUUGGACACAAGCUGUGCUGCCUGGGUAGGACGGGCCGUGGGGGGGGAUAAUCUGGCCGCAGGGCUGGAUCACGUGUCGACAGCGUGGUGGUUUGUGUGUGUUGUGUGUGUGUGUGUGUGUGUAGCGCGUGGCGUCUUACCCCGGGGCGGCAGGGGUUACAGAAGGGGAAAGAAUUACCCCCAGGUUCUCCUAACGCAGGAGGUGUGUGUGUGUGUGUGUGUGUGGUGUGUGUGUGGGUGUGAGUCCUAAGGCAACGCAGUAGAACAUGUUCUGACUGCUGAUUGGUUACUGGUCCCAGAGGGAAUGCCGCGUGCAGUGCAUUGUGGGCCAGCACUGUGAGGAGGAAUGCGUCCCAAAUGGCGCCCUAUUACCUACAUAGUGCACUGUUUUUGACAGGGGCCCAUUGGAUUGUAGUGCACUGUUUUUGACAGGGGCCCAUUGGAUUGUAGUGCACUGUUUUUGACAGGGGCCCAUUGGAUUGUAGUGCACUGUUUUUGACAGGGGCCCAUUGGAUUGUAGUGCACUGUUUUUGACAGGGGCCCAUUGGAUUGUAGUGCACUGUUUUGACAGGGGCCCAUGGAUGUAGUGCAAUGUUUUUUGACAGUGGGCCCAUUGGAUGUAGCACUAAUUUUGACAGGGGCCCAUUGGAGUUGUAGUGCCUGUUUUGACAGGGCGGCCAUUGAGAUUGUAGUGCAACUGUUUUUGACAGCAGGGCCAGUGGCUUGUAGUACAAUGUUUUUGGACGGGCGCCCAUUGCGUUUAGUGCACUGUUUUUUGACAGGGGCCAUUGGAUGUAGUGCACUGUUUUUGACAGGGGCCAUUUUGGGUUGUAGUGCUGAACUGUGUAGUGGAUAGGCAACAUUUUGGUACGUUACCACUGUGCCACUCUCAUUAUUACCAUAAAUAUUUUCAUCAGAAUUACAGAAAAUGAAGUGUUCUAGUCCGAGACGGAAGAGGAAGUGAGACGUCCAACUCCCUCAUUUAUUUUCCGUUUCAUUGAAAGUCAAUGACUAAGUAGACAGAUCAGAUGCUAUUUAAUGUUGUAAUGGAGAGACACCCCUUAAGGAGACAAAACUGCCAUUAUUUCCGGUGGUAAAUGGCCCCCAGGGAACGAAACUUAUUUAUCCACCCUCUUUGGUUUUUGUUUUGGGUUUGAAAAAACACUGAAAAAAACCUUUUUUUUAAAAAGUAUCCUUUAUUUAAAGCCCCUUUUUCUUAGCCACUUCCUCGAAAUUUGGCCAAAAAUAUUUUAUGCAAAAUUUUCUAAAAUUGCCCCAAACCUGAGAGGUUUUUUUAUUUUUGGGGGGGUCCAUCCCCUUUUACGGGCGCGGGCCCAAAAACCAAAUUUCCCUUGAGGGGAAUUUUGAAUGGUACAUGCAUGGGGAUUUUUGGGGUAAGUUUUCAGAUUUUUUUCAAGAUGUUUUUUGAAAGAGAAAUAAUUUAAAAACAGUUUUUUUUUUAAAACGUUUUUUCCUUGGGUUUUGGGGUCAAAGGUUUUUUCUCCAGCCAGAAAACAACAGGGGACGUUUUUAUGGGGUUUUUUGGGGAGUGGAGGGGGACAGGGCCCCUCAACGCGGAAAAAAAACUAAUGGACCCGUUGGAACAGAAUGUCAAAAACCUCAGGGCAGCAAGGUUUGGGCCCUAAAAACCCCCCCAACCCCCCCUUUGGCCCCCUCCCUUCCCCCCAAAAACCCCCCUUUCCCCCUUAAACCCUAACCCCUAACCCUUUUGCCCCCCCAACCCCUACCCUUAGCCCCCCUAACCCCUACCCGUUUAACCCCCCUCCCCCUCUAAAACCCCCCCAUAAACCCCCCUUUUGCCCCCCCCCUCUUUAAACCCCCACCCUUAGCCCCCCCCCCCCCCUCCCCCAAACCCAUUUUCCCCCCCUUUUUGCCCCCCCCUCUCCCCCCUUACCCCCUUCCGGGCCCCUACCCCCUAAAACCCCUUUCCCCCCCCUUUAGCCCCCCCCCCUAUUUAACCCAAUUAUUUAACCCCUUUUAGCCCCUUCCCCUCCCUUUAAAACCCCUUAACCCCAACCCCCCGCCCCUUCCCUCCCCAAACCCCCACCCCCCCUUAAAACCCCCCUACCCCCCCCUAACCCAAACCCCCUAAAGCCCCUCCCUCCCCCCCAAACCCACCCCACCCCCUUAGCCCCCUUCCCCCCCCUUCCCCCCCUAACCCCUACCCCUUUUCCCCUCCCCCUCUAAACCCCUUUCCCCUUUACCCCCCCUUCCCCUCCCCAAACCCCCCCUAAACCCCCUUUAGAACCCCUCCCUAAACCCCCCCUACCCCCCCCUUUCCCCCCCCCCUCCUUUUAAACCCCCUUAAACCCCCAAAUGGUUUGCCCAUCCCAAAUUUCCCCCCCCCAACCCCAACCCCCCCUUACCCCCCCUACCCCAUCCCCCAUAAAACCCUUGCCCUACCAAUAGGCCCCGGCCCCCGUUACCCCAUACCCCCCUACCCCGGCCCCUUUCCCCCCCCUGUUUCCCCCUACCCCCUAGCCCUUUCCCCCCUCCCUUUAACCCCCCCAUCCCCUAACCCCCCCCUUUCCCUACCCCCCCACCCCCCUUACCCCCUACCCCCCAUCCCCCUAUUUCCCCUACCCCCCCCCCUAACCCAUAGCCCUUACCCCCCCCCUUACCCCCCCUUUUCCCCCAUUUUUUUUCCCCCCUUCCCCCCCAAGCCCCCCCCCUUUCCCCCCCCUUUUAAACCCAAAAAAGCCCUUACCCCCCAACCCCAAAUUUUUUGCCCCCAAAACCCCCCCCAUAAAAACCCCCCUUUUCCCAUACCCCCCCAUAGCCCCCCAUUAACCCCCCCCCUUUUAACCCCCUAGGCCCUUACCCCCUAAACCCCCCACCCCUAGACCCCCCCCCUUACCCCAUAACCCCCACCCAACCCACCCCCCUAAAGCCCUUAACCCCCAACCCCCCCCAAUUUAGCCCUUACCCCCCCACCCCAUUAAGACCCCACCCCUUAACCCAAAAAGCCCUUUUAAACCCCAUUCCCAACCCCCCCCCAAAAGGGAAACCCCCACCCCUUGCCUUACCCCCCCCAAAACCCCCCCAUACCCCUUUCCCCCCAAAUACAUUAAAGGGGCCCCCCCAAACCCCCUAAUUUCCCCUUUCCCCCCCCCUUGACCCCCCUCCCCUACCCCAUACCCCCCUUAACCCCCCUUUCCCCCUACCCCCUUGGCCCCCUAAACCCCAUUUCCCCUAGUUAAAUUUAACCCCCCCCAAAGGCCCCCCUUCCCCCCCCUAUUUUGAACCCGGGCCUCCCAAAAGGCCACCCAAAACCCGCCUUCCCACAAAAUUUAACCCCACUUAUCAUGCCCAGGGUAACGGGUUUUUUUUUAUGAAAGGCUUUGGCUUUAAGGGCAAAAGAUCCAAAAAACCUUUUCCCCUUUUAUUUUAAAGGGAUUAUUGCCACCCAAAACCCAAAAAAUAGAAAACUCUAGGGGCCCUUUUCUCUGUUUUUUUUUAGGGGGUUUUCCCGGAACCCCAAAAAAUUUUUUUUUUAAACCCAUUCUGGACUAAAAAACCCCUUUCAAAGGAGAUUUGACGUGCGUUUUUUUUGUCCGGAGAUUAAGUAAAGGAAAAAUCCCGGGGGAAAAAAGUCUUUAAAUGUUUUCCAUUUUAAAAAUUUGUAAUUUUUUAUUUUUUGGUUUUUUUUAAUUUUCCCCAAAAUAUGGGGGUUCGGGUUACUUUAAAACCCGAUUUUAAAAAUUUUUGAAAAAAAAAUCAAAAUAAAUGUGUUUAGUGAUUUAAAAGCACCAAAAAAAAACCUUGGGCCCCUACAAUGCCCAAAAUAAGGUUUAACUUUUAUAGACCCGAUAAAAGAUUUUUUUUUUUAGUUCCAAAGUGGAUAAUUUCCUUUUUGCUUUUUUCUUUUGGGCUUAUUUGAAGGGGGAUUGGUUUGAGUUGAUUUUAAAUUUUAGGGGUCCUUCCCCCCCUUUUAAAAGGCGGUCUCAAAAAGGGGGAAAAGGGGAGCCAAAACGGGGGAAAAGGAAAAAAAGGGGAAAAAAACAGCCAAAAGAAAGGAAGGGGGGAAGAAAGGGAAAAGGAGCCAAAAAAAGGGUAGGUCAGAAGAAAGGAAGGAGUAAAGGGGAAAGGGGGGGGGAGAGGGGGAAAAAGAAAGGGGGAAAAAAAGAAGGAGAAAAAAGGGGGGGGAGAAAGGGGGGAAGAAGGGGGGGAAGAAGGAAAGAAAAGGGGGGAAAAAAGAAGGGGGGGAAAGGGGAAGGGGGGAAAAAAGAGGGGAAGGCCGGUAGAAGGGGGGGGAAAAGAUAAAGGAAAGGGGGGGGAGGGGUGGGGGGUUUUCAUGAAGGGGGGAGGGAAAGGGGAAGGGGGAGGGGGGAAGCCCAAAAACUAAAAAAUUUAAACAAGGGGGAUAUAUAUUUUUCUUAUUUUUCUAUUAUAUCUAAACUAUAUAUAUUUUUUUAAACCUCGGGCCUGUAUAUUCCCCUAUACUUGUUUGCUAUAAAAUAUCUUCCCCUACCUAUGAAGAUAUGAUAGUCGGGAUAAAGGGAGAUAAGCUUUAAAUUCUCUAUUCUUCUCUUCGGUUAUGUUUUCCCCUUUUCUCUAUUAUCUUAUCCCCUUGUUUUCCUUCUCUUUUGAUCUCCUCUUCUCUAUUAUCAACUAUUCCCCGAUAAUUUUUCAUAUCUUUAUCCCCUCUAAAAAACUUAUUCCCCUUUUCUCCUCCUCCUCUCUCCUCGUUUUCUCUCCCCACCUUUUUAUAUCCCGGAAGCCGGUUUUCCCAAAAUGGCUGGGUCUCCCGUUUGGGGAACGCAGGGCCCCCGGGCUGCCAGUCCCGUUUGUCUUCAGAGAAACCCCUUAAAAUUUGGGUGGUGGGUCUUGAGGGGGGGGGGUACUGUACACACCUCUACACACACACACCCACACCGGUCACUAGUGGAUACUUCUUUAGUACCAUAGUGGAUAUCUCAGAACACAUUACAGCAGCACCUAUCUAUCCAGAUGUUUACCAUAGAGGUUUUUUUGUUUUUUUUGGAGAAAGGUGGGAAUUUUGAUGGAAAGGGGGCCCCGCCUUUAGGUAAAAAACAGGUUUUAAAAGUAGGUGACAACCAGACCAGAACACAUUGUCUGCUGUCUCCGUGUUAAUCUGUGUUUUAUUCUCCUUUGUUCAGAUGUACUCGUCGAAUGGAGUGUAGUCGUGAGGGCCAGGCCAACCACUGGCUAUGGAGCUACCAGCCUGCCAACCAGCCUGCCAACCAGCCUGCCAACCAGCCUGCCAACCAGCCUGCCUCCCAGUGUGUGACUGUCCAGAGCUUGGAGCCUGCCAUCCAAAGCAGAGAGGAGGAGACUCAGGUGGGUAGAACUGUGGGAUUAUAGUAUAGAAUAAAAGUAGGGAACUCCAAAUAUUGUUCAUCUACCUGCUGUUGUUGAUUCAGGAAAAUCAGUGUCUGAUUUAGACCUGACAAACCAGGUGACUUCUCUAGCUAAUCAUUAAAACUACCACAUUAACUCAUGCCAUGUGUUUACUCCAGAAAUGGAUCAAUUAAGUGUCAUUCUGGAGUAAAAAAACAUGGCAUGAGGUGAUAUGUAGAAACAGGGUGAGACUCACUGUAGUAAAACUCAAUGGAGAAGAAAAAGUGACUCUACGUCAGGAUAAUCCAAACAUAGUUCAGUUAACGUUCGUUGUUGUAUCCUCUCCCAGGUUUCUCUUGUAGUGGCCCAGCUGCCCACCCUGUCAGAGGAGGAGUCUCUGACCUGCUCCUUCGGAACCCUCCCCCCUCAACCAGCUGUCGUCACGGGAACCACCAUAACCUGUCAAUCACCUCUGCCUGAGCUCCUCCCACCCAGCCCACCAGGAAGUGGUAGGCGGACAUUUUAUUUAAUUAGUUUUAUAUCUGUAAAUAUUAUUUUUUAGAUAAUUGAUUAUUUAUCCAGGUAGGUUGUUGAGAUUACAAUACCAUGAGAGACUUAGACGACCAAGACAGCCAUGCUUGUAUCACAUUACUAGAUUUAUUUUGAUCAGUUGUGAGUCACGGCCAGUUGCUUUGUGCCAAACUUAGACCCCGGCCUUGACAGCAAAUAAAUAAAGUUAUAGCCAAGUUUAGGUACAGUACCUUACCCCCUACCCCAUAGGACACCUGCUCGUCAAACAUCUCAUUCCAAAAUCAUGGGCAUUAAUAUGGAGUUGGUCCCCCCUUUGCUGCUAUAACAGCCUCCACUCUUCUGGGAAGGCUUUCCACUAGAUGUUGGAACAUUGCUGCGGGGACUUGCUUCCAUUCAGCCACAAGAGCAUUAGUGAGGUCGGACACUGAUGUUGGGCGAUUAGGCCUGGCUCACAGUCAGUGUUCCAAUUCAUCCCAAAGGUGUUCGAUGGGGUUGAGGUCAAGGCUCUGUGCAGGCCAGUCAAGUUCUUCCACACCGAUCUCGACAAACCAUUUCUGUAUGGACCUCGCUUAGUGCACGGGUGCAUUGUCAUGCUGAAACAGGAAAGGGCCUUCCCCAAACUGUUGCCACAAAGUUGGAACCACAGAAUGUUUUAGAAUGUCAUUGUAUGCUGUAGCGUUAAGAUUUCCCUUCACUGGAACUAAGGGGCCUAGUCCGAACCAUGAAAAACAGCCCCAGACCAUUAUUCCUCCUCCACCAAACUUUACAGUUGGCACUAUGCAUUGGGGCAGGUAGCAUUCUCCUGGCAUCCGCCAAACCCAGAUUUAUCCAUCGGACUGCCAGAUGGUGACGCUUGAGAACGCGUUUCCACUGCUCCAGAGUCCAAUGGCGCAAGCUUUACACCACUCCAGCCGACGCUUGGCAUUGCACGUGGUGAUCUUAGGCUUGUGUGCAGCUGCUCGGCCAUGGAAACCCAUUUCAUGAAGCUCCCGACGAACAGUUAUUGUGUAGACGUUGCUUUCAGAGGCCGUUUGGAACUCGGUAGUGAGUGUUGCAACUGAGGACAGACAAUUUUUACGCGCUUCAGCACUUCAGCACCUGUUCUGUGAGCUUGUGUGGCCUACCACUUCGCAGCUGAGCCGUUGUUGCUCCUAGACGUUUCCACUCCACAAUAACAGCACUUACAGUGGACCGGGGCAGCUCUAGCAGGGCAGAAAUUUGACAAACUGACUUGUUGGAAAGGUGGCAUCCUAUGACGGUGCAAGUCACUGAGCUCGUCAGUAAGGCCAUUCUACUGCCAAUGUUUGUCUAUAGAGAUAGCACGGCUGUGGGCUCGAUUUUAUACACCUGUCAGCAACGGUUGUGGCUGAAAUAGCCGAAUCCACUAUUUGAAGGGGUGUCCACAUACUGCUGUGUAUAUAGUGUCUCUCUAUUAGAAUAUAGUAUAUAUAGUGUAUACCAUAUAGCAAUCUAUACAUACUUACAGCAAGGAUUUAUUACUGUAAGGAUCAGAUCAUGUUCGAAAGGAACAUAAUCAGAGUUCAAAUCAAUCACAUUUUAUUUCUCACUUGCUUCGUUAACAACAAGUGUAGACUAACAGUGAAAUGCUGACUGACGGGUCUGACGGGUCUGGUCCAACGCAGAGAUAAAGAUGAAAAGACAUGAACAAAUAUAAAUAGUGAAACGAGGAAUAAAUACAAAAUAAAUAACAUCAACGAGGAAAAAAAUAACACGGCUAUAUACAGGGAGUACCAGUACCGAGGCGAUGUGCAGGGGUAUGAGGUAAUCCUUAAUAGUUUUCAAGCCCUGCCACAUCCGACGAGCGUCAGAGCCGGUGUAGUACGAUUCGAUCUUAGUCCUGUAUUGACUCUUUGCCUGUUUGAUGGUUCGUCGGAGGGCAUAGCGGGAUUUCUUAUAAGCGUCCGGGUUAGAGUCCCACUCCUUUAAAGCCUUUUUGCUUUAUGCUGCGGAUGUUGCCUGUAAUCCAUGGCCUCAGUGGAAUUCCAGACUAACUCGUCAUUAGCAGCCGAUAAGAUCCACAAAUGUGGGAAUUACCCCAGAGCAUCCGUAAAUCGCUCUGGCCCUGGAGCUAGCAAGAGAAGGCUCCCCUGAGCCGGCCCGACUACGGUCUGGAGGCGAGCCAGGAAAGGUAACAACGGUCACUGUGGGGGACGACGUCAACUCACUUAUUAAUGAAGCCGGCGACUAAUGUGGUAAACUCCUCAAUGUUAUCGGAUGAAUCCCGGAACAUAUUCCAGUCUGUGCUGGCAAAACAGUCUGCUUCAUCGGACCACUUCCGUAUUGAGCGCGUCACUGGUACUUCCUGUUUGUGUUUUUGCUUGUAAGCAGGAAGCAGGAGGGUAGAGGAUAUGCUCUGAUUUGCCAAGGGGAGGGCGAGGGAGGGCCUUGUCUGUGUGUGGAGUAAAGGGUAGAGGAUAGGGAUGGUCCCAGGUUGUCUGUGUGUGUGGAGUAAAGGUGAUCUAGAGUUUUGUAACCUCUAGUUGCAGAAGUGACAUGCUGGUAAAAAUGAGGUAAUACGGAUUUCAGUUUCCCUACACUAAAAUCACCGGCCACAAGAAACACCGGCUCUGAAUGUGCAUUUUCUUGUUUGCUUAUGGCCCUAUAAAGCUUGUUGAGUGCGGUCUUAGUGCCAGCAUCAGUUUGUGGUGGUAAAUUGACAGCUACGAAAAAUCUAGAUGAAAACUCUCUUGGUAAAUAGUGUGGUCUGCAGCUUAUCAUGAGGUACUCUAACUCAGGCGAGCAGAACCUUGAGACUUCCUUAACAUUAGAGAUAGCGCACCAGCUUCUGUUAACAAAAAAACACACGCCUCCCCCUUAGUCUUACCCGAGUCUGCCGUGCGGUCUUCACGAUGGAUAGAAAACCAACGAGAUGUAUAUUAUCCAUGUCCCAUUCAGCCACGACUCGGAGAAACGGAGGAUAUUAGUUUUUCAUGUCCCGUUGAUAGGAUAGUCUCGAACUGAGCUCGUCCAGUUUGUUGUCCAGUGACUGCAUGUUCACCAAUAGAACUUUGAAGUUCCAGGGAGUUGGUCCGGAGUAAGCAGAACGUCCACAGCUGCUGACUCGUUGAGGUAGAAAUCUUCAUCCAAAUCGAGGUUAGCGAUCGCUGCUCUGAUGUCAUAGGAAACAAUGGUGGAGACGUUAUGUACAAAAAAAAGUUACGAUCAGCGUAAAAAAAAACACACAAAAUAGCAGUGGGCCGUAAGACAGCAGCUAUCCACUGCAGCGCCAUCUUUCAUCCCAAACAUAUGUGCAGCUUAUGCUCCUCCUUCAGAUUCAUCUGAUGAUGAUCCGUUUUUUUUCUCAAUACAGAAAUGAUUCAAUUUCAGGCAGAGGGUAAAGUGCUUCUUUGUGGAGAUUUCAAUUCGAGAGCAGGUUCUGAGCCUGACUACACUGACGCGGGAGGUAACCCCUCCAUGUUCACCCCUCCACAACACCUCUCCCUUCCCUCCUGUCUCUAUAGACCACAUGUCUCUGCGUGUGUCUGUGAUGUUCGGAGACGUGACCAUCUCUAGCAGUGACAUCAUCUUCUAUGACUGUCGAGCUGUGGGACGACUCAACACCACCUCCCCGUAAGAUAUAGCACACACACACACCGUACACACACAUACACACACACCGUACACACACAUACACACACACCGUACACACACUCACACACACACACCACACACACACACAUACCACACAACCGUACACACACACACACACCGUUACACACACACACACACCGUACACACACACACAACCGUACACACACACACCGUACACACACACACAACACACACACCGUACACACACACACACACACCGUACACACACACACACACCGUACACACACACCGUACACACACACACACACACCGUACACACACACACACACACACACACCGUACACACACACACACACACACACACCGUACACACACACACACCGUACAAUAUUUAUGCAUUAUCAUGAUGAUACUUUGCUUCUUCCCUUUAAAGAAAAAUUCCACAAUCUCUAUUUUGGUGUUUCAUUAUUGUUGAUAUAGGGUUCCAAAUAUUUUGCAUGUCAGCACUCACGUUUUCAAGAAGUACAGAAAUACUGCCGGUAUGGAUUCAUUUUCGCAUCCUAUGAUGCUGCGUUUUGCAUGAUAUGUUAGAGCCGUACAGUAUCUAAAUCCACAUGUCUCUCUGUGCUAGGUGUAUGGCGUGUGUGGGCAGUGUUUGGCCAUAUCCAUAUGUCUCUCUGUAUUCUAGGUGUAUGGCGUGUGUGGGCAGUGUGUGGCCAUGUCACUGGUGUGCUCUGGAUGAGCUGUGUUCCCACAACAACAGCUGCCCCAAGCAGCACACCAUACACAACUCAGUGGUAAGACAACCCUAACCCUAUCCACCAGGCCUAAGUAACAACUCACUGGUAAGACAACCCCUAACCCUAUCCACCAGGCCUAAGUAACAACUCAGUGGUAAGAUAACCCUAACCCUAUCCACCAGGCCUAAGUAACAACUCAGUGGUAAGACAACCCUAACCCUAUCCACCAGGCCUAGAGUAACAUUGCACUGUCCUCUGCUCUUUGAUUGAAAAUGGAUUCUUGUUUUCAUAGCCUCUCCUUCUCUCCAUUUUGUGACACUCCAAGCUGUAAUAUAAUAUUCUCCCUGCCACCACUAGGAGCAGCGGUAGGAGCCGCGGGUUCUCCAUUUUGUGACACUCCAAGCUGUAAUAUAAUAUUCUCCCUGCCACCACUAGGAGCAGCGGUUGGAGCCGCGGGGUCCCAACUCUUGUCCCUUUGUGUGGGCUCUACAGAGUUCUCCUCUGGUCCCCGUGGGCUUCCUGUUUCCUGUUUUGGUACUGCUGGGCAGGAACCUGGACAUGUUUCAGGUAUGUUUUUCUAUACAUGUGGAAAAUGAUAUAACGCACAUCCAGGGUUAAUAAGUAGAUGUUGGAGAUCAAUGAACAUGUUCAUGAAACCUUUAGAAUACUCUGUACACUGCCCUGUAUGGCUUAUCUAGUGGGUUUAUUAAAACCGUCCGGUCUUUACUAAUGAUGCAGACAUUAAGAUAAUAAAAUGGGUACUGUGUUUGGAGAUGAGACACUGUGUUUGUGUGUUGUCAUCUUCAGGGGGAGGAGCAGUAUGCGUGUGUGGUGGUCAUUGUGGGGGAGGAGCUUAAACUGAACGCCACUCUGAAGAAAGACCCGGAAACCAAGACCUACACCUUCACCUGCUCUGCCCACCAGGUAUUCACGACACAAACCCUGACACACACAUGUGACUACAUUUCCCAAUUGAGUCGUAUGAACCAUUUCCAAGAUUGUCUUUUUGUACAUUUUAUAAAAGAACAGACGCAGAGCUUCAAAAUGGUAAAAUCAUACACUACAGUUCGGGGAAACAUGGGAAAGUUAUAUUAUACUUAUUUGAAAUGCGAUAAACCUGUUAUUCCACCUUGUAGACAAGCACCAGAAAAUCCCCUUGACAGUUUUUCACACUUGCUCGAGAGCUCUUUUUUGAGUAUGCCGAUUCAGCAUCAUUCACACCCUCUUAAGCCUUAGCCCCACCCAUCUCUUUAAGCGUUCACGUGAGGCCAUUUGCUAAACUGAGUGAUUAAGGUAGUGUAGUAAGUAGUAGCCUACAAGAAGGAAAAUCUCCAGGUAAAAAUACUUAAUCUAGUCCGUGGCCUAUAUCCUAUCAUGUUGUUUUUCACAUUGUCUCUGAUAAACAUACUAUAUAUAAAAUCAAACCAAAUCAAACAACCUCCCAGACACAUUUAGCUAAGUUUAUGGGUCAUGUAAUCAUUUAGCUAAGUUUAUGGGUAAUGUAAUCAUUUGGCUAAGUUUAUGGGUCAUGUAAUCAUUUGGCUAAGUUUAUGGGUCAUGUAAUCAUCACAGUGGAGUCUUUUGUUUAAACGUAGAAUUUUGUCCAUUUCCUUAUUAUCCUCUGCUACUACCGGACAUUCCACUAAGGUCAAAACUCAGUCCACCUCUUCCGGGACAACAACACUGUUAAUCUCCGUUUAAUCCCAAUCACUGUCUUCAGAAAACAACAAUGCAAUGUCUGGUUCAAUGACAAUGUUGUUGUUACCCAAGUCAAGGAUUUCUUCAUCAUCUGAUUAAUUUUCAGAGUCAGAGAGAGUCAGCCAGUCGUCCUCCAGAAAAUAGUUAGUCACAACAUUCUCCCACUGAUCUUUGUCGAUAGCGGCAGUUAAAAUCAGGCCAGCAAUGUUGGUGAGAGCUGUAGCAACACAUUUUACAUUUACAUUUUAGUCAUUACAGUAACUUACAGUUAGUGAGUGCAUACAUUAUUUAUUUUUUAUGCUGGCCCCCAGUGGGAAUCGAACCCACAACCCUGGCGUUGCAAACGCCAUGCUCUACCAACUAAGCUACCUCCCUGCCGGCCAUUCCCUCCCCUACCCUGGACCAAUUGUGCGCCGCACCAUGGGUCUCCCGGUCGCGGCCGGCUACGACAGAGCCUGGAUUCGAACCAGGAUCUCUAGUGGCACAGCUAGCACUGCGAUGCAGUGCCUUAGACCACUGCACCACUCGGGAGGUUAACAACUCAGUUGUCCAUUGCUAAAUCUGCAGUAAACUACUAUUUAGGGAAGCCCCUCGUUAUGUUAUAGAUAGUAGCCUGUGGCAUGGCAGACCAAUCAGGACUCAUCUCUUGGCAUGACCAGCCCCUACCAUUAUCUCAGCCAAUCAAGGCUAGCCAAGAAGAAUCCUUUCUCUGUGAGAAAUAAACUAGGCUCGUAAUUUAACAUUUUUAUUCAUAUUUACAGAUCACCUACGAGUUUGUUAUUAAGGCACAUGAAAGUUCACAUGUUCAAAAAACGAUUAGAGACUCGAGUCUUCUUGGGUAUGACGCUACAAGCUUGGCACACCUGUAUUUAGGGAGUUUCUCCCAUUCUUCUCUGCAGAUCCUCUCAAGCUCUGUCAGGUUGGAUGGGGAGUGUUGGUGCACAGCAAUUUUCAGGUCUCUCCAGAGAUGUUUGAUCGGGGUUCAAGUCCGGGCUCUGGCUGGGCCACUCAAGGACAUUCAUAGACUUAUCCCGAAGCCACUCCUGCAUUGUCUUGGCUGUGUGCUUAGGGUCGUUGUCCUGUUGGAAGUUGAACCUUCGCCCUAGUCUGAGGUCCUGAGCGCUCUGGAGCAGGUUUUCAUCAAGGAUCUCUUUACUUUGCUCCUAGUCUGAGGUCCUAGUCUUUGCUCCUAGUCUGAGGUCCUGAGCGCUCUGGAGCAGGUUUUCAUCAAGGAUCUCUUUACUUUGCUCCGUUAAUCUUUCCCUCGAUCCUGACUAGUCUCCCAGUCCCAGCCGCUGAAGAACAUCCCCACAGCAUGAUGCUGCCACCACCAUGCUUCACCGUAGGGAUGGUGCCAGGUUUCCUCCAGACGUGACGCUUGGCAUUCAUUGGUUUUAUCAUACCAGCAACUCUUGUUUCUCAUGGUCUAAGAGUCCUUUAGGUGCCUUUUGGCAAACUCCAUGCGGGCUGUCAUGUGCCUUUUAUUGAGGAGUGGCUUCCGUCUGGUCACUCUACCAUAAAGGCCUGACUGGUGGAGUGCUGAAGAGAUGGUUGUCCUUCUGGAAGGUUCUCCCAUCUCCACAGAGGAACUCUAAAGCUCUUUCAGAGUGACCAUCGGGUUCUUGGUCACCUCCCUGACCAAGGCCCUUCUCCCCCUAUUGCUCAGUUUGGCCAGCGGCCAGCUCUAGGAAGAGUCUUGGUGGUUCCAAACUUCUUCUAUUUAAGAAUGAUGGAGGUCAAUGUGUUCUUGGGGACCUUCAAUGCUGCAGAAAUGUUUUGGUACCCUUCCCCAGAUCUGUGCCUCGACACAAUCCUGUCUCAGAGCUCUACGGACAAUUCCUUCGAUCUCAUGGCUUGGUUUUUGCUCUGACAUGCACUGUCAACUGUGGGACCUUAUAUAGACAGGUGUGUGCUUUUCCAAAUGUCCAUGUCCAAUCAAUUGAAUUUACCACAGGUGGACUCCAAUCAAGUUGUAGAAACAUCUCAGGGAUGAUCAAUGGAAACAGGAUGCACCUGAGCUCCAUAUCAAGUCUCAUAGCAAAGGGUCUGAAUACUUAUGUAAAUAAGGUAUUUCUGUAUUUUCACCCAGCCGGACUGUUGGUCUGUCCCAAGAAAUAGUAAAAAAUAAAGAAAAACCCUUGAAUGAGUAGGUGUGUCCAAUAUUUUGACUGGUAGUGUGUAUAUAUAACAUUUAGAAAAUAACUUUCUGUACUUUUCAAGCUUUUCGAAUAUAAACUUUGUAAACAUAGUUUGUUUGAGUACAAAAACCUGAAUAUGUAUCUUUGAUUGAACAAAAUGUCUUAGUUUAAAUGUGUUAGUUAUUAAAUGCAUACAGUGCAUUCGGAAAGUAUUCAAACCCCUUGACUUUUUCCACAUUUUGUUACGUUACAGCAUUAUUCUAAAGUGGAUUAAAUUAUUGUUUUUCCCUCAUCAAUCUACACACAAUACCCCAUAAUGACAAAGCGAAAACAGGUUUGUAACACUUUUUUUGGUUACUACAUGAUUCCAUAGGCGUUAUUUCAUAGUUCUGAUGUCUUCACUAUUAUUCUACAAUGUAGAAAAUAGUACAAAUAAAGAAAACCCCUGGAAUGAGUAGAAUGUGUCCAAACCUUUGACUGGUACUGCAUGUAUACAGUAUACAUACACUGAGUGUACUGAACAUUAAGGACACCUGCUCUUUCCAUGACAUGGACUGACCCAGCUAUGAUCCCUUACUGAACAGCCUCAAUCCGUCGGGCCAUGGACUCUACAAGGUGUCAAAAGCGUUCCACAGGGAUGCUGACCCAUGUUGACUCCAAUGCUUCCCACAGUUGUGUCAAGUUGGCUGGACGUCCUUUGGGUGGUGGAUCAUUCUUGAUACACAGACAGUUGAGCGUGAAAAACCCAGCAGCAGUUCUUGACACAAACUGGUGCACCUGGAAUCUACUACCAUACCCCGUUCAAGGCAACUAAACCUUUUGUCAAUGGCAUUGUCGUGACGUGACUUUCAUUAAUAUGAUGACUGUUAUUUAUCGAAUCAACGAACUAUGUUUAAUUGUUACUCGAUUUAAAUUAAUCAUGUAACAGUUAACUUAUUAGGAAGAAGUUGUUUAUAGAAUUACCAUCUCCCGAAUUAAACUCUAAAAGGUCUUUACCCUCAAUAUGUAUAAAACAGUCAACGUAUCAAUCAUUACUUCUUAUCAGUCUCAUUCUGAACGGUCGCAGACUUCUUGGAUCUGCACGAACCCCAGCUUUGCUUAUGAUUCAGUACUACACAAAUUGGUUUAAUUAUUUGUUUACUAGCUAACUAAAUAAUAACACAGAAUAACAUACACACUUAUUACUUGAGAAAAAGUCCCUGGCGGACUAACAGCAUGACUGCUUGGUUAUCAAAAGAGGGAGGGGGAGAGAGAGAGACAAAGAGAGAGUAAAACUUAUCGUUGAUACAUUUGGAAAACUACCCUCAAAGUAAUCAUAAUACUCAAGAACCACCGUCCGUUUGGGGUAAGAAAUCAUGAAUGUAUUUACGUGUAGAAUGUCUUCCUUCGUCGUUUAUCUCUGUUGGACUCGAGCCUUCUUGGGAAAGGGUCAGUUGGUGUCCUGAGUCGGUGUAAGGCUCAGGUUGUCCACCAGAGGUCACAAUGUCCUUCUUCUUAGUUGUCCUGGUCUUGUAGUGGAGUGUUUUCAGAGCAGAUACUCGGACGCACCAAUUAUUGUCUGAGAUUGGAUUUUCUCCUUCCCCACCUCGUGUCUUUAGUCAGAGUUUGAAGCAACGUUCAGGUCCAGUCUGGUGAGUUGAUCUUCUUCACUUGAGGUUCAAAGUUUCUAACCAUUUCAAACGUGUUAGCCACCGCUCCACGCUUUCUGGUCUAAUGUUAAUUUCGUUACCAAGGAUUUUUAUGCACUCUGGUUAAAAGGGGCGUUCCAACUUGCUGACACGUUCUCCGAGCUCACUUCGGGCGUGGCUACUGACUGGUGCAAAGCUUAUAUGAAAACGAUGAUCUCGUUAGAAAACUAAAAUCACAUUCCUAUCUUAACAAAAAUACUCUCAUUAUGAAUCAUAUAUCUUACAACAUUUGGAUGUAGACUUGACAGAGUGUGUAUACUUUCCAAGUUACAAUUUAUUGAUACCAUUCUUAACCAAACAUUUGGAUGUUAGAAAUAUUGUUCCAGUGUUUACUUUUUUGGACGUUAUAGUUUUGGCGGUAAAAGUAUUCCGUAGACAAAGGGGAUUCCUUUAGUAAUACUGAAGAGCAAGAGGGAGAUUCCCCUCCUACCUAUUUUAUGAUAGAGUGUUAAGGUGUCAAAAUCGAAUUGAAAACAUUAUUGGCAUUGUUGAAUUCCAUUUUCAUAAUGGCUGAUUAGGACUGAUGGUCUGUUUGUUAGGUUACCACGGCAACUACUGUAGCUAUCUAGUAAACUUGCUAGCUACUUCAGCGGAUGUUGAACACAUUUCUACCACCAAAUGAACACAUUUCUACCACCAAAUGAACACAUUUCUACCACCAAAUGAACACAUUUCUACCACCAAAUGUGUUAAAUUAUAGCCGUGGUAUAAAAGGGAUAAUCAACUCAGGGCUCUAUGCAUUCUCUGGAAAAUAAUGCAACUCUGUUAGCACAACGUGGAACACGCCUUCCACAUCGUUCAUUAUGUUCCAAAGAACGCAUAGCCCCUCGUUGAUUAUCCCUUAGAUAUUAUACAGAUACAGUGGGGAGAACAAGUAUUUGAUACACUGCCGAUUUUGCAGGUUUUCCUACUUAUAAAGCAUGUAGAGGUCUGUAAUUUUUUAUCAUAGGUACACUUCAACUGUGAGAGACGGAAUCUAAAACAAAAAUCCAGAAAAUCACAUUGUAUGAUUUUUAAGUAAUUAAUUUGCAUUUUAUUGCAUGACAUAAGUAUUUGAUACAUCAGAAAAGCAGAACUUAAUAUUUGGUACAGAAACCUUUGUUUGCAAUUACAGAGAUCAUACGUUUCCUGUAGGUCUUGACCAGGUUUGCACACACUGCAGCAGGGAUUUUGGCCCACUCCUCCAUACAGACCUUCUCCAGAUCCUUCAGGUUUCGGGGCUGUCGCUGGGCAAAACGGACUUUCAGCUCCCUCCAAAGAUUUUCUAUUGGGUUCACGUCUGGAGACUGGCUAGGCCACUCUAGGACCUUGAGAUGCUUCUUACGGAGCCACUCCUUAGUUGCACUGGCUGUGUGUUUCGGGUCGUUGUCAUGCUGGAAGACCCAGCCACAACCCAUCUUCAAUGCUCUUACUGAGAGAAGGAGGUUGUUGGCCAAGAUCUCGCGAUACAUGGCCCCAUCCAUCCUCCCCUCAAUACGGUGCAGUCGUCCUGUCCCUUUUACAGAAAAGCAUCCCCAAAGAAUGAUGUUUCCACCUCCUUGCUUCACGGUUGGGAUGGUGUUCUUGGGGUUGUACUCAUCCUUCUUCUUCCUGUAAACACGGCGAGUGGAGUUUAGACCAAAAAGCUCUAUUUUUGUCUCAUCAGACCACAUGACCUUCUCCCAUUCCUCCUCUGGAUCAUCCAGAUGGUCAUUGGCAAACUUCAGAUGGGCCUGGACAUGCGCUGGUUUGAGCAGGGGGACCUUGCGUGCGCUGCAGGAUUUUAAUCCAUGACGGCGUAGUGUGUUACUAAUGGUUUUCUUUGAGACUGUGGUCCCAGCUCUCUUCAGGUCAUUGACCAGGUCCUGCCGUGUAGUUCUGGGCUGAUCCCUCACCUUCCUCAUGAUCAUUGAUGCCCCACGAGGUGAGAUCUUGCAUGGAGCCCCAGACCGAGGGUGAUUGACCGUCAUCUUGAACUUCUUCCAUUUUCUAAUAAUUGCGCCAACAGUUGUUGCCUUCUCACCAAGCUGCUUGCCUAUUGUCCUGUAGCCCAUCCCAGCCUUGUGCAGGUCUACAAUUUUAUCCCUGAUGUCCUUACACAGCUCUCUGGUCUUGGCCAUUGUGGAGAGGUUGGAGUCUGUUUGAUUGAGUGUGUGGACAGGUGUCUUUUAUACAGGUAACGAGUUCAAACAGGUGCAGUUAAUACAGGUAAUGAGUGGAGAACAGGAGGGCUUCUUAAAGAAAAACUAACAGGUCUGUGAGAGCUGGAAUUCUUACUGGUUGGUAGGUGAUCAAAUACUUAUGUCAUGCAAUAAAAUGCAAAUUAAUUACUUAAAAAUCAUACAAUGUGAUUUUCUGGAUUUUUGUUUUAGAUUCCGUCUCUCACAGUUGAAGUGUACAUAUGAUAAAAAUUACAGGCCUCUACAUGCUUUGUAAGUAGGAAAACCUGCAAAAUCGGCAGCGUAUCAAAUACUUGUUCUCCCCACUGUAUAUUAUAAUAGAACGCAUAGCCCCUCGUUGAUUAUCCCUUACAUAUACUUUGAAUAAUCUGAACAUUCCACAACAUUGUGUCUUACAAAUAUGGUAUGACUUUAUAUUAAACAAUGUUAUAACAAUGAAACUAUAUCAAGUGCUCCUCUCUUCUCCUCUCCCCCCUCCUCUCUCUGCCCUCACCUCUCCCUCCUCUCUCCCCUCUCUGUCCUCCUCCCCUCUCCCCUCCUCUCUCCCCUCCUCUCUCCCCUCCUCUCUCCCCUCUCCCCUCCUCUCUCCCCUCUCCUCUGCUCUGCUCUGCUCUGCUCUCCUCUCCUCUCCUCUCCUCUUUUCUCCUCUACUCUCCUCUCCUCUUGUCUCCUUUCCUCACCUCACCUCUCCUCUCCUCUCCUCUCCUCUCCUCUCCUCUCCUCUCCUCUCCUCUCCUCCCCUCCCCCUCUCCCCUCCUCUCUCCCCUCUCCCCUCCUCUCUCCCCCUCCCCUCUCCCCUCCUCUCUCCUCCUCUCUCCCCUCCCCUCUCUCCCCUCCUCUCUCCCCUCUCCUCUGCUCUCCUCUCCUCUCCUCUCCUCUCCUCUCCUCUCCUCUCCUCUCCUCUCCUCUCCUCUCCUCUCCUCUCCUCUUUUCUCCUCUACUCUCCUCUCCCUCUUGUCUCCUCUCCUCACCUCUCCUCUCUCCUCCUGUCCUCUCCCCUCCCAUCAUUCCUCUCCUCUCCUCUCCUCUCCCUCCUCCUCUCCUCUCCUCUCCUCUCCUCUCCUCUUCUCCCCUCCUCCUCUCCCCUCCCCUCCUCCCCUCCUCUCUCUCCCCUCCCUCUCUCCUCCUCUCUCUUCCCCUCCCCUCUCCUCUCUCCCCUCCUCUCUCCUCCUCUCUCUCUCUCUCCUCCUCGUCUCUCUCUCUCUCUCUCUCUCUCUCUCUCUCCUCUCUCUCUCCCCUCCUCUCUCUCCCCUCCUCUCUCUCCCCUCCUCUCUCUCCCCCCCUUCCCCUCUCUCCCCUCUCUCUCCCCUCCUCUCUCCCCUCCUCUCCCCUCUCUCUCCCCUCCUCUCUCCCCUCCUCUCUCAGUUCCAGUACCCUUUGAAUCAGUUGGAGUACUCUGCUCCCAUCUAUCUACAAAGAGGUUCCCAUCGCAUCGACUCUGCUCCCAACCUCAGAUGUAAGACUUCUCUGUUGUAUUCACUUUGUCCUGCUAUCACUUGAGAAGGAAGACAAUUAAUAUUCAACAGCUCUUGGAGUACAAUGAAAGUGGACUUCAAAAAUAGGACAUUGGAGCGUAACCGGUGUGUUGUCCCACAGUGCAGCUACAUUGGAGCGUAACCGGUGUGUUGUCCCACAGUGCAGCUAUAUUGGAGCGUAACCGGUGUGUUGUCCCACAGUGCAGCUAUAUUGGAGCGUAACCGGUGUGUUGUCCCACAGUGCAGCUAUAUGACUGUUCGGUGGGCCAGUCCGACUGUAGCCAGUGCAGAGCGGUGUCUUCACGGUACGGCUGUGUCUGGUGUGGUGGGGAGUCACCCGGCUGUGUCUACAACCUCUCCUGUACCAGCUCACCUGGGCCGGCUGACACCUGUCCCUCGCCUCAGAUCACACAGGUACACACAUUUCUCUGACCACCGCUGUCGUAUGCCUGGGGUUCAGGGACGUAUUUAUAAAGUGUCUCAGAGAAUAAGUGUUGUUCUAGAAGUUCCCGUGUAGCUCAGUUGGUAGAGCAUGGCGCUUGCAACGCCAGGGUUGUGGGUUCGUUUCCCACGGGGGGCCAGUAUGAAAAAUGUAUGCACUCACUAACUGUAAGUCGCUCUGGAUAAGAGCGUCUGCUAAAUGACUAAAAUUUAAAAUGUAAAUUUACAUUUUAGUCAUUUAGCAGACGCUCUUAUCCAGAGCGACUUACAGUUAGUGAAUGCAUAAAUUUUUUCCUACCCCCUGUGGGAAUCGAACCCACAACCCUGGCGUUACAAACGCCAUGCUCUAUCAACUGAGCUACAUCCCUGCCGGACAUUCCCUCCCCUACCCUGGACGACGCUGGGCCAAUUGUGCGCCGCCCCAUGGGUCUCCCGGUCGCGGCCGGCUACGACAGAGCCUGGAUUUGAACCAGGAUCUCUAGUGGCACAGCUAGCACUGCGAUGCAGUGUCUUAAACCACUGCGCCACUCGGGAUGAAUGUAGAAUCAGGUUCAUUAUGAUCUGAGAUGCUUUGUGAAUAAUGAUCUUCCAAUAAAGCUUUUAGUGAUACAAAAACAACAUUGAGACUGAAGUUACAAAAACAACAUUGAGACUGAAGUUACAAAAACAACAUUGAGACUGAAGUUACAAAAAACAACAUUGAGACUGAAGUUACAAAAACAACAUUGAGACUGAAGUUACAAAAACAACAUUGAGACUGAAGUUACAAAAACAACAUUGAGACUGAAGUUACAAAAACAACAUUGAGACUGAAGUUACAAAAACAACAUUGAGACUGAAGUUACAAAAACAACAUUCAGACUGAAGUUACAAAAACAACAUUCAGACUGAAGUUACAAAAACAACAUUGAGACUGAAGUUACAAAAACAACAUUGAGACUGAAGUUACAAAAACAACAUUGAGACUGAAGUUACAAAAACAACAUUGAGACUGAAGUUACAAAAACAACAUUGAGACUGAAGUUACAAAAACAACAUUGAGACUAAAGUUACAAAAACAACAUUGAGACUGAAGUGACAAAAACAACAUUGAGACUGAAGUUUGUCUAACUCCUAUACCAUGUUGUUUUUGUAUAUUAGUAAACCCCUUUUCUGUCCUGUUCUGUCCUCUCCUGUUCUGUUCUGUCCUGUUCUGUCCUGUCCUCUCCUGUUCUGUCCUCUCCUGUUCUGUUCUGUCCUGUUCUGUCCUGUCCUCUCCUGUUCUGUCCUCUCCUGUUCUGUCCUGUUCUGUCCUGUUCUGUCCUCUCCUGUUCUGUUCUGUCCUGUUCUGUCCUGUCCUCUCCUGUUCUGUCCUCUCCUGUUCUGUUCUGUCCUGUUCUGUCCUGUCCUCUCCUGUUCUGUCCUCUCCUGUUCUGUCCUGUUCUGUCCUCUCCUGUCCUGUCCUCUCUUCUCCUCUCCUCUCCUGUUCUGUCCUGUCCUCUCCUGUUCUGUCCUCUCCUGUUCUGUCCUCUCCUGUUCUGUCCUGUUCUGUCCUGUUCUGUCCUCUCCUCUCCUGUUCUGUUCUGUCCCUGUCAGAUCCAGCCAUUGAGUGGUCCGGUGGAGGGAGGAGUUCUGGUCACCAUCCAUGGGUCCAACCUGGGGAUGCACUACCAAGACAUCCAGGGAGGAGUGACUGUAGCUGGGGUCAGCUGCCUGCCUCAGCCCCAUGGAUACCUCAUCUCAACCAGGUAAUUACACUGUGUGUGUGUGUGUGUGUGUGUGUGUGUGUGUGUGUGUCUGUCUGUGUGCAUGUGUUUGAAGCUGAGGUCCCCAUUUAGCAGUUUUUUCUGACGUCCCCACUUUUCACAUAAACCUGUCUAUGUGUGUGAUUUCUGUGUAUGUGUGUGUGAAGUCCUUAUUUUACUGAUGUCACCACUUUUAACAUAAACUUGUGUGAAAAGCAUUGCAGGCCUUAAAGGGAUAUAUCGGGAUUUUGGCAAGGAGGCCCUUUAUCUACUUCCCCAGAGUUAGCAUGCUAGCAGAUACCCAUGGACUUCCAGUCAUUGUGCUAACGCUAGUUAGCAUUGGCUCGCAAAACUACCUCUUACUACUGGACACAGAGACAUAAAAAUGGUAUUCAUGAGUUCAUUUGACUCUGGGGAAUUAAAGGGCCUAAUUGCCAAAAGAAAACCCCCAAAGUAUCCCCUUAAUGCUCAAAUCAGUUUUGUUUUUCAAAUCCAUUUUGGAAUAUUGACUGUCCAAACAGCAUGUUGCAAGUGACCAAAUCGGGUUUGUGUGAGUUCAGACAGCAGUCAUUUCCUGACAUGGUUACGCUAGUUGUCAUAGUAACGACAGGUGGGUGUGAAGUGGUGUAGGCUGAUUGGUGGUGGUGCUCGUGCUUCCUGUCACUCCGAAGUUAUGUAGCAAGCUAAGGUGACAACAAUGCCUGCCAUGGGCGUUUCCCAGCUGCUUUGAAUGAUCUAAAUCAUAGUGUAAGAACACUUUUAAAACCUCAAAGGAUAAGAUGAUCCAACUUUCAAAAAAAGUCAUUUUUGUCUAGCCACAGGAGUCAACUGGCUAGCUACUGAAGGUAGCUGGUUAGCGUUCUAAGACAUUCACUAAUUUGUUUGUAAACAAUUAACAAGCUAGUUAGCUACCACACGUUCUCGUCAAACAGUCAACAGAGUAGCUAGCAAGAAACAAGAUAUGCCCAAUAACAGCCUAAAAACCACUUGAGGGCAAUUAAAUCAAAAUUGACCAUUCAGACACAAGUCGCAUGGCCAGGAAUACGAUUUCUAUCGGACUUCAAACCACCUACGAAGGUGGUUUGAAAUGUGGGUUGAAAUAUCCGAUUCCAUGUGCUUUUUGGCUGUUCAGACUGCAGGAAAAAUAACAGGUUAUUCCCAAAAAAUUGGAUUUGAGUCACUUCAAACGUGAACUUAAGGUCAGCUCUGUGUUUGUGUUUGUUUUUCCUGUGUGUUUCAGGAUAGUGUGUGUACUGUACGCUAAUUGUCUGGUCGUGUGUGUGUGUGUGUGUGUGUGUGUGUGUGUGUGUGUGUGUGUUCCAGGAUAGUGUGUGAGCUCCAGCCCAGUAAACAGGAGACAGAGGGACCAGUCGUCGUUACCGUGGGAGACUCAGAACCAGGACAGUCACUGCAGACAUUCACCUACCAGGUACUCACUCACUCACUCACUCACUCACUCACUCACUCACUCACUCACUCACUCACUCACUCAUACACUCACUCACUCACUCACUCACUCACACACUCACACACUCACUCACUCACUCACUCACACACUCACACACUCACUCACUCACUCACUCACUCACUCACUCACUCACACACUCACACACUCACUCACUCACUCACUCACUCACUCACUCACUCACUCACUCACUCACUCACUCACUCCUCACUCACUCACUCUCUCACUCACUUCUCUGGCUUGAAAAACCCUGUGUUAUCCUGGAGCACGAGUACAGGACAUUACAAGACUGCUUUCCUGACGUUUUACGACAGCUGCCGGGAGCUGACACUGUCGUAGUCCAUGUGGGGUCAAACGACAUCAGGAGGGCUAGCUCGGAACUGCUGAAAAAUGGAUUUUAAAGAACUGAUUCUAGCUCUGAAAGAUUCCAAAAAGCGGCCAAUUAUUUCAGGCUCGGUACCAUCGCUGGGCCGCGGCUGCUAAACGUUUAGCAGGCUACUCAAGUCAAAUCUAAUUGUAUUUGUCACAUGUGUAGACCUUUCCAUGAAAUUAUACUUACAUGCCCUUAACCAACAAUGCAGUUUUAAGAAAAAUAAGAGUUUAUUUUGUAAAUAUUUUAAGUUAAAAAAAAAAAAAAGUUACACAAUAAAAUAACAAUAACAAGGGUAUUUAUACAGGGGGUGCUGGUACCGAGUCAGUGCGGGGGUACAAGUUUGUCGAGGUAAUUGAGGGAGUGUAUACACUACCAGUCAAAAGAUUGGACACACCUACUCAUUCAAGGAUUUUUUUUUAUUUUUUACUAUUUUCUACAAUGUAGAACAAUAGUGAAGACAUCAAAACUAUGAAAUAUUACACAUAUGGAAUCAUUUAGUAACCAAAAAAGUGUUAAACAAAUCAAAAUAUAUUUUAGAUUUUAGAUUCUUCAAAGUAGCCACCCUUUGCCUUGAUGACAGCUUUGUUGGGUUGAGGUUGGGUGAUUGUGGAGGCCAGGUCAUCUGAUGCAGCACUCCAUCACUCUCCUUCUUGGUCAAAUAGCCCUUACACAGCCUGGAGGUGUGUUGGGUCAUUGUCCUGUUGAAAAACAAAUGAUAGUCCCACUAAGCCCAAACCAGAUGGGAUGGUGUAUCGCUGCAGAAUGCUGUGGUAGCCAUGCUGAUUAAGUGUGCCUUGAAUUAUAAAUAAAUCACAGACAGUGUCACCAGCAAAGCACCCCCACACCAUCACACCUCCUUCUCCAUGCUUCACGGUGGGAACCACACAUGCAGAGAUCAUCCGUUCACCUACUCUGCAUCUCACAAAGACAUGGCGGUUGGAACCAAAAAUCUCAAAUUUGGACUCAUCAGACCAAAGGACAGAUUUCCACCGGUCUAAUGUCCAUUGCUCGUGUUCCUUGGCCCAAGUAAGUCUCUUCUUGUAAUUGGUGUCCUUUAUUAGUGGUUUCUUUGCAGCAAUUCGACCAUGAAGGCCUGAUUCACACAGUCUCCUCUGAACAGUUGAUGUUGAGAUGUGUCUGUUACUUGAACUCUGUGAAGCAUUUACUUGGGCUGCAAUUUCUGAGGCUGGUAACUCUAAUGAACGUAUCCUCUGCAGCAGAGGUAAUUCUGGGUCUUCCUUUCAUGUGGCGGUCCUCAUGAGAGCCAAUUUCAUCAUAGCGCUUGAUGGUUUUUGCGAGUGCAAUUGAAGAAACUUUCAAAGUUCUUGAAAUGUUCCGGGUUGACUGACCUUCAUGUCUUAAAGUAAUGAUGGACUGUCAUUUCUCUUUGCUUAUUUGAGCUGUUCUUGCCAUAAUAUGGACUUGGUCUUUUACCAAAUAGGGCUAUCUUCUGUAUACCACACCUACCUUGUCACAACACAACUGAUUGGCUCAAACGCAUUAAGAAGGAAAGAAAUUCCACAAAUGAACUUUUAAAAAGGCACACCUGUUAAUUGAAAUGCAUUCCAGGUGACUACCUCAUGAAGCUGGUUGAGAGAAUGCCAAGAGUGUGCAAAGCUGUCAUCAAGGCAAAGGGUGGCUAUUUGAAGAAUCUCAAAUAUAAAAUAUAUUAUUUAUUUUUUAAAGUUAUAAUUUUUGUUGAGACUAAGAUUUUCACUGUACCCUGCAAUCACACCUGCAACCCUGCACAUGUGACUAUUAAACACUGAUUCUGCCCCCCAGUUGACUGGUAUAGUCCCUGAUAAGGGUCCUGUAUGAGGAGGGACCACCCUGACCGUCUAGAGUUAUAGUUUGGGUUAGAUACUACAGUAUAACCAUGUCUCUCUGUGUAUAGGACCCCCAGUUGACUGGUAUAGUCCCUGAUAAGGGUCCUGUAUGAGGAGGGACCACCCUGACCGUCUAGAGUUAUAGUUUGGGUUAGAUACUACAGUAUAACCAUGUCUCUCUGUGUAUAGGACCCCCAGUUGACUGGUAUAGUCCCUGAUAAGGGCCCUCUAUCAGGAGGGACCACCCUGACCGUCCAGGGGACUCGGCUGCUAACGGGACAGAGGAAGGACCUGACUGCAUACGUAGGACAACAACCCUGCUACAUGUAAAUACCUCUACUAUUACUUCUUUAGCUGUCUCUCUCUCGCUCGCUCUCUGUGUCGGUGUCCCCCCCCCCCCCCAUCCCCCCCCCCUUUCACACACCCACACAUAAAAUCUGCACGUGUUUUGGGGGGUGAAGGGACCCAGUUUUGGGGGUAGGGGGCCCCCCUAGUAACCAGCAGCACCUAAAAUCCCUUUUCUCCUCUUUUUCCCUCCCCCCCCCCCGGGGUCAAAAAAAAAAAAACCCCCACCCUUCCCUUUUCCCCCUUUCUUCUCCCCUUUCUCUUUUCCCCCCCCCUUUUUUCUCUCCCCUAUUCCCCUUUUACUCCUCUUCUCUCUUUUCUUCUUCUCUCUCCCCCUUUUCUCUUUUCCAGUGUUUAGGAGGGGGAAGAGACCCCCUGGUAGCAGGACCAGCCCCCGAACCAAAAGCGAGCUGACAUGCGGGUGUUUUUUGGGGAAGGGAGAGAGGAGCGUACCUGGCCAGGUGUUUCGCUACAUGGAGGACCCCGUCAUCACCAAGGCCUUUCCUGCUGAGAGCUUCUACGAGUGA